AUGACAACACACAAAAAUGACACCACCUCCACUGGGGUCUCAGUCUUCCUCCUGAAUUGUUUUGUCAAGUCUCCCAGCUAGCAACUCUGGCUGUCUAUACCUCUCAGCCUCCUCUUCCUCUUGGCCAUGGGGGCCAAUGCUAUUCUACUGAUCACCAUCCGGAUGGAGACGUCACUACAUGAGCCCCUACUCAGCUUCCUCUCCACACUAGACAUUGUGCUCUGCCUCACUGUCAUCCCCAAGGUACUGGCUGUCUUCUGGUUCGAUCUCAGGCCCAUCAGUUUCUCUGCAUGCUUCCUCCAGAUGUACAUCAUGAACAGCUUUCUUCCCAUGGAAUCUUGCACAGUCAUGGUGGCCUUUGAUCGCUACAUUGCCAUCUGCCACCCACUGAGAUAUCCAUCCAUCAUCACUGACCAAUUUGUAGCCAAGGCUGCCAUGUUCAUCUUGGUCAGGAACAUCCUUAUACCUUUGCCCAUCCCCAUUCUCUCAGCAUGACUCCACUACUGUGGGAGAAAUGUCAUUGAGAACUGUAUCUGUGCCAAUAUGUCUGUCUCCAGGCUCUCUUGUGAUGAUGUCACUCUUAAUCGUCUUUAUCAGUUUGGUAUAGGCUGGACUCUGCUAGGAUCUGAUCUCAUUCCUGAUCUCAUUCUCAUCUUCCUCUCCUACACCCUCAUCCUGAGUGCUGUGCUGAGGCUUAAGGAACAGGGUGCUGGGGCCAAAGCUCUAAGCACAUGUGGUUCCCACUUCAUCCUUAUCCUCUUCUUUAGCACAAUCCUCCUAGUCUUUAUCCUCACACACGUGGCUAAGAGGAAGGUCUCUGCUGAUGUGCCAGUCUUGCUCAACGUCCUUCACCAUGUCAUCCCUGCAGCCCUUAAUCUCAUUGUUUACGGGGUAAGAACCCAGGAAAUCAAGCAAGGAAUCAAGAGGUUACUUAAGAAAAGGUGGUAA